UUGUGCAAAAAGAAAAAGGGCGACGAAAAAAACGGAAAAAAAGGCGAAGGCUGUCCAAAUCGAAAGACAAAACUACGAUUGCGGUGCUUCAUCUUUUUUCUAUUCGAUAAAAAUAUAAAAAAUAUCUUAAUAAAAAUAUCAAAUUUAAUUCCAGUUGAUAUUCAUUUGCUUGUGAUUCAAAUAAAAUAAUUCAAAAUGGACAAAAGAAAAUUGUCCACUUCUGGUGAUUCACUCUAUGAAAUAUUGGGACUUCCCAAGACAGCUACAGCUGACGAAAUCAAGAAGACUUAUAGAAAACUUGCACUUAAGUACCAUCCGGAUAAGAACCCAGAUAAUGUAGAUGCAUCGGAUAAGUUUAAGGAAGUCAACAGGGCGCAUUCAAUUUUAAGUGAUUUGACAAAAAGAAAUAUUUACGACAAUUAUGGUUCAUUGGGAUUAUACAUUGCCGAACAAUUCGGUGAAGAGAAUGUAAAUGCAUACUUUGUUGUUACAUCACCAGCAGUGAAAACUAUCGUCAUUUGUUGCGCCAUAUUGUCUGGAUGCUGCUGUUGUUGUUGUUGCUGCUGUUGUUUCUGCUGUAACUUCUGCUGUGGCAAAUACAAGCCACCAGCAAACGAAGCCACUGGUGAUUACCAGCAUUUGAACCGAGACGGUGGCAAUGCUAGUAGAGAGGGCCAACCAGAGCAACGACAUCGAAUGCAAGGAAGAUUGGAGGAUGGAAACGAUUUUGAGGAUCUUAAUACACCUGCAGGCUCAGCACCUGUGACAUCACAACCAACUGCUGGACAAGCAGCAGGUGCUGGCAUGCCUGUUUUCGCUAUGCCACCACCAUCAUCACAGCAACCAAAUCCUACAAAUCCAUUCACAGGAGGGGCAACAGAAAAUACUUCGCUCAAUUCAUCCGAACAGCCAACAUACACGCCAGAUAUAUUUAACCAAAAAUACUAAAAUCAUACCAAAUAUGAUUUACCGAAAAAAAAUAAGAACAAUACAAAAUUAUACAUAAUAAAAAACAAAAAAAAAAACAAAAUACAGAAAUGCAAAAAAAAAAAUAGCUGAAAAAAAACAGCAGCAAUGCAAAUAAAAUAAUCAAACACGAGCGGAUCGACGCAUGCAUCUAGAUAAUUUUUCAUGACUCGAUGCACGAGUAAAUGGAAAAGACGGCAGUGAAACAGGCGUUGCGCGAAUAAUUAAUUAUAAAUUGUACGAUUAAAACAAUAAGAUUAUAAUAAUAAUAUUCAUUCAUUAAAGACUACAUAAUUUUGACACUGUUGUUAGUAAUUACAUGCUUAGAUAGUAAUGAACUGUGAAUCCUUGAAACUAUACGUUUUUAUCAAAGUAUAUACAUAAAUGUAUUUUUAAAAAUGUAUUUCCAAUAUUCUUCAGUAAAUAAUAUAAUAUCGUAUUUUGAACCUUGUAAUGUUUUAUUUUUUUUACUAUUAUUAUAAAACAAUUAACAAUAAGUGGCAACCUAUACUAAACACGCUUUGUGCUUUGAAAUUGGCUUGUAAGUCCACAAUAACCAGUUGGAAGUUGGAUGGUUCCGUUUUGAAUAUAAUUAUAUGUUGUUGAAUUAAAAAAAAAUCUAUUGAAUGUUUAAACAAAAAAUAAAUAAAUUAUUUUCUCGUGCGCAACCAAUGUUUGUCCUUUUUACAUUAAAUUAUUAUAAAAUAAUGUCCGUUCUCAACAAUUAUUAAUUAUUAAAAAUAAGUACUUCGCAUCGUUUGCUUUUAUUUUCAUAUUUGUAAAAAAUAAAAAUUAUUAAUCUAUGGGUACAUGUAACAUCGUACGCAUAUUUCAUAAUUUAAUGGAUAUAUCUUUUUUUAUAUAAUAUGAUGGUCACUUUAACGUGUUAAUAUCUUUUUAGUAAAAAUAAAAUAAAUAUAAUUAUUCCACUAUAAAAUUAAAUUCCAUAAAGUGGGAACCGAAAAUGUUUUAUCUUUCUUUGAUUAAUAAAAAAAUAUAAUCUUAAUUAAACAAAAAAACAAUAUUUACAUAUAUAUUAUAUGUUAAUCACUCGUGUUAUUAACAAAAAUAUGAUCACUAUGUAAAACAAUGGCAGCAAAUAAUGGCUGUAUGUAUUUGAACAACAAAAUUAUCCCAUUGAUGAAAAUUGUAAAAACAAGAUGAAUUAUGUAUGUGUAGUAUAAUUUAAAAUUAAAAUCAAUAUAAAAUAAAAGAAAAA